AAAAAAUUAAGAUGAUCGGGUUUGACAUUCUUUAUGAAAAUCUCGAGUCCGUGGAUUAAAGUUUGAGGAAAAAUGUCAGCAAAUAACGAAAAUGAAAAAAGCGAGCCCAUCGCUGGAUUUCAGGAUGUUAAUGCGUUUACACAGCAAGCACUCAAGUCGGUGGUUCAAGCAACUCGUGUUUCCAAUAAUCUACCAGCUGCUGGGGAUGAUUAUGAUUACUAUUCAAGUUUCCAGGGAGUCAGGGACAUUCUUGAUAUUGAGGGCAAACGGGUCCUUAAUAUCAUCCAAAAUGUUUUGCGAUACCACAAUGUGAAAGGAAACAUGACGUCAUCAUCAGAGGCUACGGACCUUGAUGAUAAAUUUGAUGUAUUAAUGGAUGCCAAUGACCAUAUUCUGGAGAAAGUGGGAUCAUUCCUAGAUGAAUCAGCAGGGCUUAAGAAAAAAGAGGAAAAUUUAAUCAUUGCCACGGCAACACCAAAAGCAAAAUUAACCUCAACAGCCAGCUGGAAUAAGAAGAGUUCAGGGUCACCUAGUAUAUCAGAAUACAAGUUGCUCACCGCCAGAAAUAUCCAGAGGCCACAGGUGAAGUUCCGGGACAAGAUAGACAACGAGAACAGACCAUUUGUUCCCAGAAUCACAGAGAAACCGAACGCCCUCAAGUCACUGGAAGAAAGUCUAAAACUUCCAGACGAUGUAAACAUGUUAGAGGAUCCUGAUUUUGUCUAUCCACAUCCCUACAAGUAUGAACUGAGUGUUCUGAAACCAACAGAUCGACAGCUGCAGGACACAGAACCUUUGAAACCUCGUUUAGUGGAGGACACACCUUUGACCUUUGUUUCCACGGUAAUAGAACUGAGCUCAGUUAUUGACAAACUUAGGAAAGAACACAUAGUAGCAGUGGAUCUAGAGCACCAUUCCUACAGAUCCUUCCAAGGGAUUACCUGCCUGAUGCAGAUCUCCACAGCUACCGAGGACUUCCUGAUCGACACACUUGCUCUGAGGAAUGACUUAUCUCCCUUGAACGAGAUCUUCACUCAUCCUGCAGUGGUGAAGGUUUUUCACGGAGCAGACAGCGACAUUGAUUGGCUACAGAGAGAUCUUGGACUCUAUGUGGUGAACAUGUUUGACACUGGACAGGCGGCCCGAGUUCUAAAUCACUCUCGCUUCUCAUUGGCUCAUCUGAUGGAGCACUAUUGUGACAUCAUUACAGACAAACAGUACCAGCUGGCUGAUUGGAGAAUAAGGCCCCUCCCUGCUGAGCUGAUGAAGUACGCACGGGAAGACACCCACUACCUGACUUACAUUUACCAAAGGAUGAAACAGGAACUGCUGGCCCGUGGAAACGACCAGAAAAAUCUCCUGUUGUCCGUUCUUCAGAGAAGCACAGAAAUUUGUGCAAAGGUGUACAAGAAGCAGGUGUUUAAGGAAGACUCAUACCUGGAGUUGUACAGGAAGAGUAAGAAGGUGUUCAACUCUCGACAGCUGCAGGCUCUACAGAAGUUGUAUCAAUGGAGAGACAAACUGGCCAGGCAGGAGGAUGAAAGCACAGGGUAUGUGUUACCUAACCACAUGAUUCUCCAGAUAGCUGACAUCCUGCCUCGGGAGCAGCAGGGUAUCUUUGCGUGCUGUAACCCCAUCCCUCCUCUAGUCAGGCAGUUCCUACCCGAGAUACACAGCUUUAUCCUGGAGGCCCGGGAAGCACCCCUUCUGAAGGUCUCCUUGCCUCAAGAAAAGAAACCCAGUGUAUACCAGCACCCUAGAUAUGACCCUGCUCAUUUAUUGAACUGUCCUCAUGACUCAAGUCACAUUACAGAUAGUCAGGAUCUGCCUACAAUACCAGAUGUAUCCAUGGUGACUAAAUCUUCAAUGUUGUAUGGUACCAACAACUCAGGCCUCAUUGUGAGGAUGAAGGCCAAACCUCUACUCACAGCCUUUGGAGACAAGAGAGACAAAAGGGCAGCCAGUAAAGGACAGAGAAUGGCGGCGGCCCUAGCCUCUUCCUUCCUGAGUCCAUACACCAUGUUUCUGCCUGAUACAGGUGCUCCCAGUGCAGAAUCUGAGGCACAAAGUCUGGGUAGUUGGACUCUGAAGAAACACACUGUGAAGAGGAAGCGGUCACCUACUCCUCCCAAAGGUCCUCCCCCAAAGAAACUGAAGCCUGACCCCACCCCAGAGAAGCCAGACCUGUCGGUCCGAGAGAUAAAUGCACAACAACGCCAGAAGGAACAUCAGAACGAGGGUGUGGUCAAUUUACGCAUCACAGACGACGACAAACCCCAGAAAAAGAAGAAGAAGAAAGAGAAGAGAGAGAAGCAGCAAGAUGCCGAGUUCGCCGCCUUCGACUACAGUCAGGCAGACAAAAAUAUUUUCUUGGGUGGUGACAGUAAGAAGAAGAAACACGAUGUGUUCAAUCCUUAUGCUUCAUUAAAAGGCAAGGGAAACCAAAAGGUUGGUAGAUCCAAUCAAUCAUUUGCCAGAUCACAGAAAAGUCACAGCUAUAAACAAGAUGGAAAGGGAGGAAAACAGAACAGCUGGCCCAAAAAGAAAUAAAAGCACAUGGGGGACAACACAACAACAUGUGUCAUAGACACUUGUUCCUUACUCAAUAUGAAAAAAACGAAAAAAAAAGCGUUACAUGUGGUUUAAUUGUUUUUUGCAAUUCAGAUAUAUUGUUUAGAUGUUGUUCCGAGAACAUUUAUUUCAACUGAAAUACGCUGAUGAAAAAUCAGAUAGGAUGGGAUUUACAAGAAAGGUUUCCGUAAUAUAAAAAGAUGAAAAUAAAAAUCUACAACUUACAAAA